UGUGUGUGCUGCGAAACCCUGGGGCUGGCGGUGAGCGGUUGGGGGUUAACCAACCAAGAUACCAAAUACAGCAGCAAGCGAGAUGCCAAUGCUCAAUCCGGCAGCGAACGGUGCUGAGGGCACAGAACGGCAGCGGAGGAAGAAGACAUCAAAGAGCUUGCUGGAUUUCUCACUGCAUUUGGACGAGAAUCGAACAAUUUUCACCCCUGGGCAGAAGGUUGAGGGUCAUUUACUCGUGUCCUUCUCCAUACCCUCCGAGGUCAAACUCCUUCGCAUUCGAUUUACUGGUGUCGUUCAGACUCAACUUUACAAAUCCGACAACAGUAGCUUGACAAGUCAGAAUACCUCGACAGUCACACUAUUUAAAGAAAUUCAGACGUUCUGUGGUAGCGCUGUGCCUGGGGAAAUACCAGAGGUUAUCCCUGCUGGGGAGCACCGUUUUCCUUUUGCUUUUAGAGUCCCGCCGACUCAAUUGCCGGCAUCGUUUGAGGGACCAUAUGGUCGGGUCAAAUAUGAAGUUGCGGCAGUAUUGGUUCGGCCGCACCAUAUGAACAAAUUGACGUAUCUCAACCUGACGAUUCCCUCGACUAUGGAUGCCACUGACCUCGAUUUGAUGCAAAGUGCAACCGCUACUGCGGAAGGUCCAGUGGGGUUUUGGUGGUGGCGGUCAGGGCACUUGGAAGUGAACGUGAGCACUCCCAAAUCGGGUUAUGCGUCGGAGGAGGUUGUUCCAGUCAAAGUGGAAAUCACGAAUCACUCUGGAAGUGGUACAAUUCUAAAGGAAGUGUAUCUGAAGCAGCGUGCGACGUACAAGACGUUCAAUGAGACACGAGGACCGAAAACGGAGCGCAUUCACCGUCUCGCAUUUACGGAGCAUUACCCUAGUACGACCCGGAGAGUCAGUCGAGUCAUAAAUUUUCCCAUUCCGUCUACCAAUAUCAUGUCCCCAUCCAUCAAUACGACGAUCCUUGACGUCACACAUUUGUUGAUUGUGAAAGUCUUGAGUAAAGCCAAGUUUAGUAAACCGAUAAAAGUGGAGCUUCCCAUUGUGAUAGCGGGAUUUCCUGCUGUGUAUUUUGACAAUAACUUGACAAGGAUGAGUGUGGACACCUUACCCCCUUAUGAGCAAUCUGAGACUGUGGGGAGACGGCGGAGUAGCACUGUGUCACGACUCAGUCGGGACUUUAUCCGUGGUCGGCGUUCACGAUCCACUACACGAGAGCGAAGCAGGAGCCGAACCCGAACCUGGAGCAUAGGGCGGAGGGGAAGUAGACACAGUGGCUCCAGCCAAGUUGGAGCGGACUGGGAACCGGUCGAUGGGGUUGCGCCGGACCUUCCUCCUGUACCCGAACUGCCGGCGCACCUUCGAAGAACUGUCGUUGGGCUGCCCACAACAACCGACACGUUUGUAUCUCUCCCGGUCACUCGGGCACGCGGUUCAACCAUAAAUGCAGAACAAGCCGCAGGGACAUCGAUGCCAGGUGGGGAUACCGAGACGUGUGGCACGACCCCCGUCAAUGGCCUAUCGAUGGCAAGACAGAUGGAGCGGCACUCACGGAGGGCCUCUGUGGUCCUCACGACGGGUAAUCAUGGGAUUGAAGGUGAAUUUGGCAGUAUUGGAACAAGAGUGCAGGAAGAUGCUGUGGAAAGUACCCAAGGGGCUUCAAUAGAUGGGAAAGAGAUUGCUGGCAAUCAGGACGAAGCAACAGAUCAGCCUUUGGAAAGUGCUUUGGAAAGCACAGCAGGUUCUGCUACGCAAGUGUCCAGCGUUAAUGUUGAGCAAGACGGUGCAACGCACAGCGAUUUAGAACCAGAGUCGGACGUUACGACUGUAGACGAAACCAAGAAUGAUGACACACAUACAUUUGAGCAAGCAAGGGAAGGACAUGAUGAGAACCCGUUGGUUGCGCUACGAAACAAGGAUUCGGCAAUUAUCUUGGAAAACUCUUUGUAAAAUACUUUUUGGUUUUUGAUUUUGAUUUAUUUGGGAUGAUUUUUAUGUUUUUUACAUGUUUUUUGAAGAAUAGUCAUCAGUUAUAUAUGUUUGGAUGAUGUAAAGUAGAUCGAGUGUAUAGUAUAUAGUCCUGGAAGAAAAAAGUAUUUUUAUAUCGAG